UAUGGAUACUAUAGAUACAUUGAAAUGUGCCAUCAUUCAUUUCAUUAAUAAACUAAAUCCACUCUUACCAGAUUAAUUAAUCUCUAUCGUCUCAGAAUUUAAAGAAUAGUUGAACUCAAAGACUCCUUAAGAUUUGUAUGACUUUGUUUAGAAAAUUCCUGAACUCAAAAAAACAGAUUCUUCUUCUUCUAAUACAUCUCCUGAACCACUCUUAAAUAAAGUAGCAUCACAUGGAUAUAAUCCAUUAUAAAUUUGUUCAUCCAAGGAUUCAGAUGAUAAAAGUUAAAGUUCAUAUUCAACUGAAAAAUAUUAAUAAUUGAAAAUAGGUAUUAUUAGUUUAUAUCAUUUUUAGAAAUCAAUAAAAAUUUCUUUCUUAAACCUACAACCAAAUUUAAUCCCAAUACUUAAAAUAAAAUUUUUAAAAAUGUAGAUAUAGAAGCAAAAGUACAAAGAGAAAAUAUUAAAUGUAAAUAAGAUAUAUAUAUAUAUUUCAUAGUGGUGGAUACUUUGAAAGAAAUGCCAAAAAUUAAUAGAAUCUGUUUUGCUGAAAGAAGUGGUUUAUUAAAUUAAGUAUCAGAUGCCUUACAUCAAUUUAAGAAAGAUUGUAUUACAAUUAAUACUGUUUAUGAGAAAAGUACUGAAAUCAAUACUCCUCAAACUCCAAAUGAUAUCAGAGUAAAUUAGCAGUAAUAUUUUUAUGUAAAAAACACAAUAUUAUAUUAGUAUCAACAAUUUCCUUAACAAUAAGUGUGUUAAUUUAAAGGAUAUAGUGUAUAUUCAAAAAGAGGAUAUAUUUAACCAAUUCAAUUUGACUUACAAUUCUAAUUGAUGCAGCAACAAUUUUAAAAUUAAUUAAUUUAUAAAAAAUUAUACUUUUGA